CCCCCUCGGUUACAUUUCCGGGUUAAGUUAGUUGGUUUCUGUCUAUACUUGUGCAUCCUUGUGUUUGUGUAUUUCAGUAACAUUAAACACCAGUUUUAGUAAGUAUGUCUCGGGGAUCAAGUGCAGGCUUUGACCGGCAUAUUACCAUCUUCUCCCCUGAAGGCAGGCUGUAUCAAGUAGAAUAUGCAUUCAAGGCUAUAAAUCAGGGAGGCCUUACAUCUGUGGCUGUUCGAGGGAAAGACUGCGCAGUAGUGGUCACACAGAAAAAAAUACCUGACAAGCUGUUGGAUUCCAUUACUGUUACUCAUUUGUUCAGAAUCACAGAUAAGAUUGGCUGUGUGAUGACAGGCAUGACAGCUGACAGUAGAUCUCAGGUGCAGAGAGCUCGGUAUGAAGCUGCCAACUGGAAAUACAAAUAUGGAUACGAUAUCCCAGUGGACAUGCUGUGUAAAAGAAUUGCAGAUAUUUCUCAGGUCUACACACAGAAUGCAGAGAUGAGACCUCUUGGCUGCUGCAUGAUUUUAAUUGGUGUUGAUGAAGAAACUGGCCCUCAGGUAUAUAAAUGUGACCCUGCUGGCUAUUACUGUGGGUUUAAGGCUACUGCUGCAGGGGUAAAACAGACAGAAGCAACAAGCUUUUUGGAGAAGAAAGUGAAGAAGAAACUUGACUGGACAUAUGAACAAACCAUAGAGACUGCAAUAAGCUGCUUGUCUACUGUCCUGUCCAUUGACUUCAAACCUUCAGAAAUCGAAGUUGGGGUAGUUACAGUUGAGAACCCAAAGUUUAGGAUUCUUACAGAACCUGAAAUUGAUACACAUCUUAUAGCCUUGUCAGAAAGAGACUAAAGACUGUAUUCAGUUUUACCAACCUAGUGGAUGCAGCCAGAGCCUGGAUGUGUUCUUUAGAAAAUGACAGCCUGCUGUUCGAAAGUUGAAUUCUCAUUGUAUGAUGUAUUUUAUUCUACAAAUAAAGCGGUGCUUUUUGAAAAUCUU